AAUCUGAGAUUUCUUUACAGUUCUGCAGAAGUGGUGCAAGGAUAAACAACCAAUAGAAAUUUCAGAAUGGCCGCUUGGGAAGGAAAAAAGUACAAAUUGGAGAAGUCCGAAAACUUGGAUGCUUACAUGGAAGCCUACGGAAUUAGUGCAGAAACCCGUAAACUAAGAAACACUUUGUUUCCAACUGUGUCUCUAGUCAAAAAUGGAGACGAAUACGAGUAUACCACGGCUUACACAACGAGAAACCAAGUUAUGAAAUUCAAAAUUGGAGUAGACUUCGACAUUGACACCUUGGAUGGGAAAAAAAUAAAAACUGUUUGCCAUUUCGAAAAUCCCAACAAGCUUAUCCAAGACGAGAAAGGUGGUAAGGGAGGAAAAAUCAUUCGUGAGUUUACCGACACUGAGUUGGUUGCGACUUGCAUCACCGGUGGAAUAACUGCCGUAAUACAUUAUAAAGCUGUUUAGAAAGUUACGUUGAACAGCUAAACAACGUUUAAGUGAUAAUUUCUAAUUCUUAGGCUAGAGUAUGUAACAUCUGACUGAGAGAAUUAAAAAUGUGUAAUAAA